AUGGGGGAGGGUCUGGGCAGAAGGAAGAGGGACAGGAAUGGGGCGGAAACGGGAUGCAGAGGUGGGCGAGGACCCCCAAGCAGCAGCUCACAUGGCUUCUCCUCUCCGCAGUGGCAGGCCAUCUCGUUGACAGUCAUCGAGAAGGUGCAGAUUGCAGCCGCCAUCCUGGGCUCGCUCUUCCUCAUCGCCAGUAUCUCUUGGCUCAUCUGGUCGACCUUCAGUCCCUCGGCAAAAUGGCAGCGCCAAGACCUCCUCUUCCAGAUCUGCUACGGGAUGUACGGAUUCAUGGACGUAGUGUGCAUAGGUCUCAUCAUCCACGAGGGGCCCUCGGUGUACCGCAUCUUUAAGCGGUGGCAGGCUGUCAACCAGCAGUGGAAAGUGCUGAACUAUGACAAAACGAAAGACCUGGAGGAUCAGAAGUCGGGAGGCAGGACCCAGCCCCGGACUUCCUCGGCCGCGCAGGCCAGCGCCCCCCCCUCGGAAGAGGCGGCCGCGGGCACCCCUGCCCCCGAGGCAGGCUCUGCGCGGGCGGCCGGCCACCCCUCAGGCCCCUUGUCCGAUCACCACUGUGCUUACACCAUCCUGCACAUGCUGAGUCACCUGAGGCCUCACGAACCGCGGAGCCCCCAGGGCGGCAGCCGGGAGCUCGUCAUGAGGGUCACGACAGUGUGAGCGGGGAGCCCCCAAGCGGGCCGUGACCACGCGGGAAGGGUGGGCAGGCCCGGAGGGGCCGGGCCGCCGGGACCCGGGCUGGGGCUCAGGUGGGAGGCGAGGGGGCACCCCAGGGGCCGCGGCAGAGGGCAGGCGGGGGCUGGUGGGCCCGGAGAGGCCCCGGGGGCAGCCUGUUGCUGGAGCGAGGCUGGUGCAGUUUGGUGAUGUCCAGUCAAAUCCAUUCUCCGACCAGAGCAAGGACAACCGACACACGCAACGAAGUGCAAUACAGACUGAACCUGAGAAGCAGUGUUGGAAACACCCUGCUGGGCCCUCGCGGACGCAGGGGGACGAGGAGGCCAGGGAGGGCGGCGGCAGCGUGGUGGGGCGGGGGCGCCUGCCUGUGCAGGGGCGGCGGGAGGAAGAGCGCAGAGGGCGUGGGAGAGGCGAGCACGCGGCCUGCCCUGUUUCACCCUUGGGCCGUUUUGGUUGCCCCCAGGCUGUGUUUUGAGAGUGGUUGUGGGGCGGGAGGGGGACGGGUUUGUGCUGGCAGGGGUCACACACAGCACUUGGGCCCCUGGGCUCCUCUGAGUGGGCAGGAUUCCCGACUCAGAUGGCUUUGGGGACUCUGAGGCAGUGUGCGGGGAGGGAGAUGUUUGUGUGCGUGGCCAGGGUGUCGGGAUUUCUCCUCCUUUCCAAACCUUCCAAACUGGACCUCCCAUUUCAGAUGGGCUCAGAGAGGGCUAAGGGUUGGAAAUGAGUGUCUUUUUGUGCCCUUGUUAGUUUUAUUUAAUGGUGAUUUGGCUCAACGAUGUUUGCAGGAAACACACAGAACUAGAGAAAAGUACAGAUUCCCUGUGGGCAUCUCAAGCACAGUCCUGCUGCCUGCGGCCUCGGUCUCCAAAGCUGUCAGUGCAGAAGCAUCUUUCCCAACUGCCCAACCCCACCCAUGGCCAGGCCCUGCUCGGUGCCAUGCUGAGACCCAGGGCUCCCCACGGCAGGGUGCCUCCUGCCCAGGGUCUCCGAGGGAGGCAUUUGGCUGGAGCCACAAGGGGUGGAGGGGAGGCCAAUCAGUAUUCCUUGCUGCUCAGAACGUCGCCUGAGGGCAGUCUGGCUAUUCCCUCAGUGCUGUGUGCUCUCUGGACCCUCCCGUGCAGCUGGGCGGACCCGGGGCCCUGCAGGGAGCACUGCCCCGAGGGCCAACUGGCUGGUUCCUGGGACCCUGUCCGGGAAGGCCAUUGGCUGGUCACCUGCAGAGUUUCUCCUUGUCAUUGCACAAUGGCCGCGUCAUCCAUGGGUAUUAAAGGGACACUGUCAAGUACUUUUUUAAACUAGUUUUUAGGGUUUUUUAAAACUCUCUGUUGUUUGUAUUCUCUUAAAAGCUUGAAAAUAAAAUUUCUU